AUGUUAUCUUCAAACUUAAACAACUUACACAUUUACGGGGUGUUACAUGGAAUUUGGACAAGGGAGCAAGUAGAGGCAUGGAAGCCAAUUGUAGAUGCAGUUCAUGAAAAAGGUUCCAUCUUUUUCUUGCAACUGUGGCAUUCUGGCCGUGCCAUUACUAAUGGUUUUUAUUUGGCCAUCGGUUUUCUACCCAAUAACCAAACUCCAGUCUCAUCAACAGCCAGGGGAAUAACCCCUGGCGUUGAUGGACAAGAGUGGGCCCCACCUAGACAACUGACGAAGGAUGAAAUUCCUGGUGUUGUUAAUAAUUUCAGGAUCAUUGCUCGUAAUGCUAUUGAAGCAGGAUUUGAUGGAGUUGAGAUACGCGGAGCAAAUGGAUAUUUAAUCGAACAAUCCUUCAAAGAUCAAGUCAAAGACAAGACCGACGAAUAUGGCGAGGGCUUAGAAAAUCGGUGUGGAUUUGCACUGGAAAUAGUGGAAGCAGUGGCCAAUGAGAUCGGCUCAAAUAGGGGUAGGCUUAGACUAUCUCCAUACGCAAAUUUAUCGGAGUCAGUCGACUCGGAUCCGGAUGCAUUAGGCCUUUACAUGGCCAGCGCACUUAAUAAGUGA